AUGCAUAAGGGGCUUUGUGGGUGGCAUUGGCCCCGUCGGAACCCAGCGCUACUUGUACCCCAGUGGCUAGCACCAGCGCUUCCCAGCCUUAAAGGUCACCCCGGCUACCCCGUCAUGCCCCACUCGGCCUCACCCAACAUCAACCACGUGCACAUGAGCCUUCCACAUCAGCAGCACCAACAGCAACAGCAGCAGACACAGCAGACACAACAGCAUCAGGCGCCACCACCACACCAGUCGCCGCUCCUGCAGCAGCAGCUCCAUCCACAGGGCCCUCCUCAUCCGGGCCAUGCGACCAUGAGUCAGCCCCCUUCCCAGCAACAAGCCGCCUCCCGACUGCCGCCGCAAGGACCGCCUCCCCCGGGACCCUCCAACCCGUCGCCUGCAGUCUCUUCCUUCUACCAGGCGUACACUGGCGGGCCUCCCCAUUCCGGCGGGCUGUACGAAAUGCACAAACGACCGUACCGAAAGCGGCGAAAGGACCCGUCGUGCGACGCCUGCAGGGAACGCAAGGUCAAGUGCGACUCGGUGGACUUCUCGUCGUGCUCUGAGUGCGUGACCCGACAGAUCAAGUGCCAAUUUUCCAAGUCCAGCAUCAAACGCAUCUCGUCCAUAAAACAGAUCAAGGGCCUGGAGGGCUCCAUGCGCCAAAUGCGUGACCAGCUGCUCGAGUUCCGGGCGCUGGCAGACCAUCUGAAAAUCGACUUGCCCUCAAACCUGCGCCAGGUCGGACCUCUCGACCUGCCCAUGCUGUUUGAGGACGACGGCGACGACUCCCCCAGAUCGCCUCCCUCUGGCAGCGAAAACGCGAAAGAAACAGAGUCGCCCCGAGUGUCGUCUCUUUCCCAUACGCCCCCUUGCAAUUUUGAUUUCAGAGUCAACCCCAAUGACAACAUGACGUACGCCAACACCACCACCACCCGUGGUGAAAUCAAAAUGCCCAGCUACAAUCCAACUACCACCCAGACAAAGACCAACGCCGAGGCCAUCUCGCCCGUGGGUCUGCCGGAGGUGCAGAAGACGCUCGAAAAGUACGGAUUCGACAAGCCCAUCUACUACCCCUGGAAGUGGCGAUCUCGAAAGACUGUCGGCGACCUCAUUGAAGAGGGCAACAUGCCCGAGCUGCCCAAGUGGGAAAUCGCCCAGCUGUGGAUGCAGGUGUUCCACGAAAUGUACCAGCACUGGGUGCCUGUGGUUGUGUGGCCUGACUUUGUGGAGCGAGUCUGUAUUCUCUAUGGACGAAUCCACAAGCCUGCGGCUGAGCGAGAGGCUGCCAAAAGAGCUCUUCCUGUGUCUUGGCUCGGUAUCUUUUUUAGUGUUCUCUGUCUGGGAGCACGAGAUAAUAUGGUCAAGGGCUACUCGAUUCGCAAGACUGGUUUUGAGUACCUGGAGAACGCCAAAAAGUGCAUGAACAGCACUUAUGACGACGGCUCGGUAGAGUGCAUCCAGAUUUGUGUCAUGCUUUCCUUCUUUCACCAUGAGCGUGGCCACGUGUCAGUAUCUCGAGUGUGGAUCCGUCACGGAGCUGAGCUGUGUGAGGAGUUUGGUCUGCUGCGUCUGUCCGAGAGCGACACCGAGGUCGACCCUGUUAUUCGACACGCCAAGUCUCUCAUGAUCUGGACCCUGUACGCUGUUGAUCGACUGCAUUCUCUUUACACUGGCCGUUCUUUGGCUAUUACAGACUUGGAGAGCUCCUCCCUUCAUCAUCCUUCUCCGUUCCUGCUCCGAGGAGACUACUCUACUCUACGGCGACUGGAGAAGCAGGGUCCCAUGACCACGGAGCAGCAGAUCACCCAUCUGGUGAACGACUUGCCCAUCAUCAAGUCCGACUCCUCUUCCGAUGAGUCACUUGUGGAGCCGGACGAUCUGCCUACCACCCUGGACACCCGAGACUCCACUGCUCACUCCAAGGGCCAAAAUAACUCCACGGCACUGUACUGGCUGGAAUCCACGCAGAUGUUCAACGCCUCUGCACAUAUGUUCCGGUUCUCUUCUGUUGUCGGAGCUGCCAUCCAGGCCUCCAACGUGCUUGCUCCUGCCUCUCUGGACCUGUUGGAAAAACAGGCUGCUGCCAUUGACACAAUGUGGCCUCAGAAGGGUCAGAUGGAUGAGACGGGACCUCUCAACCACGUCUAUGUGCCUCCCGUCUUCUAUCUCGAGUACCAGAAGCUCUUCUUCCGGCGUCACAAUCUCACACCCCAUGCUCCUGCUCAUCUUCGUCAGCGUGCUGUCACAGACUGUCAUUCCACAUCACAGCAAAUUUAUCGAUACCUUCGACGAAUCAUAUCUCAUUUGACUCCUGCCGAGCUAGCUGCUCCCGCUGUGUUUGCGGAUGACGCCUCCGGUGUGCCUAUGGGCACCAGAAACUGGCGAGAGAAGGCCAUGGUUGUCAACUUUGGUCACCUGCAUAUCGUCAUUGCCUAUGCCGUGGCCUACCUGGUCUCUUCCGGGUACCAUCUGCGGGCCAUCAUCAUGCUGGAGUUUGUCAAGAACCUCUGCAACUACCAGAGUGAUCGGGCUGUGUGUGGCAUGCGAAUCCUAGGCUUCACUCGGCACUGGAGUCGUCGUCUGGCAGCCGUUGGAGAGAAUGCCAUCUUCCAGGACGAGGAGGCUCUUGCUCUCCUUUCUCUGGACAUGCAGUCAACCUACAAGUCUGCGUGGGUGUGGGACAUGAAGGAGGAGCGUAAGAACUUCAUGGAGUCGCAGCUGGACAUUUCCGACAUGAAGCCCCUCAAGCGUCACAAGGGCUACCAUAGUGCCAAGGACAAGGUGGCUGUGGGUAACAAGCCUGCAUCUAUUGCUGCCGAGGCUCUCAUUACCCCUCCCGACUCCAAGAGCCCUCCCGCGUCGCCGCCUGCCCCUACACAUUCAGUCGAGUCUCCCUGGGACGAGUGGGAUAUUCUUCGGCAAGAGAUUCUGGCUCUCGGCAACCUGACCAAGUCCAAGGACACUGAGGAGGACCAGGAUCUGUUGCUCAAGAUGGUUCCUGAGAUGGCUUCUCGUCUCAAGAAGCGGCCCUCCACAGAAACUGCAGAGACAAACAAGAAACCCAAGGCUGAGGAUCGACGAAUGUCCAUCUCUAGCAUCAUUUAA